AUGGCUCAUAGGCCGCACGAUGUGCUUUCCAAGGUCGAGCGCGAUGCACUUAAGGAACGCAGGGCCGACAGCGACCUCGUUAUCGUGCCUGCGGACAAGAGGCGUUCAACGGUCGUAUUGGACAGGACAGACUACGAUCAAAAAGCCAAAAGCUUGUUGGAGGAUCGUCAGUCCUAUGUCCCAUGCGAAUCCAACCCCAUGAAAACGCUGACACGCGAGAUGAACGCGACGCUUUUGGCAAUGGAGAACUCAGGUGCAAUAUCGCCAAUCGACCGACGCAUGGCGCGAGCACAAGAAACGGCCCUAGCCCGAUUCUACGGUUUCCCAAAAGUGCACAAAGAGGGCGCUCCUCUCCGGCCUAUCGUAUCACUAAAGGGCACUCCAACCUACGGACUGGCAAAGUGGCUAUUCCAACGUCUCAAGUUUCUGACCUCCGAUUCGAACACCACAGUCAGCCCGUCAACGCAAUUCUUGGAGAAACUUAAAGGAGUAAGUCUCCUGCCAAGCGAUAUCAUGGUUUCCUUUGAUGUCACGUCCCUUUUUACUUCUAUCCCGCAGGACCUGGCAGUCGAGACAAUCGAACUACUCCUACGAGAGAAGUACGACGAAACGGAGAAUCGCCUCGGACACGCCCAACUCAUCCAGCUCCUGAAGUUCUGUCUCAAGACGUACUUUACAUUCGACGGAACAAUCUACGAGCAGGUGAAGGGAACGCCAAUGGGUUCGCCGAUUUCGGGACUCAUAGCCGAGGCGGUCCUUCAACGGCUGGAGUCGCUGGUUUUCCGACACCACAGACCGAAAUUCUGGGCUCGGUAUGUGGAUGACACCUUCGUCGUCAUCGAACGGGAUCAGGUGCUGACUUUCAAAGAACAACUCAACGCCGUAUUCCCGGACAUUCAAUUUACGAUGGAGGAGGAGGAGGAAAACAAUCAGCUGGCCUUCCUGGAUGUCCUCGUCUGCCGCAAAGAUUGUGGUGGCCUAAAAACCAAAGUGUUCAGGAAAGCGACAAAUACGACGCAAAUACUGAACUUCAAUAGCAACCACCCGAUCAGUCACAAACGCAGUUGCGUAAGGGCGCUAUACCGGCGUGUUGAGACGCACUGCAGUGAAAUGGAAGACAAGGUUGCUGAAUUACAAUAUCCUAGACGGGUAAUGAGAGCCAAUGGUUACCCGCGCAACUUUGUCAACCAGUGCAUACGAAAAGGACACCAGAGACCAAAUCCAACUAGCCCCAAAUUUUGGCGGGCUCUUCCGUACGUGAAGAACGCCUCGGAAGCCGUCAGUCGUCUUCUCACUCCACUUGGAGUUGGGGUUGCACACAGGCCGGAAGCAACCAUUAGGCGCCAAGUAAUGAGGCCAAAAGACCCGCUGCCACGGCAGGAAACGUCUGGAGUCGUUUACCGGAUCUGA